AAUACUCUAUUCAGAAAUCAGCUGUUGGGUGCAUGGGAUUUCAAUUUCUGUGUAGCUAAGGUUGUUGGAAAAGUAUAAAAUUUAAAUUAAACUUUUACAAACAGUGUUCGAAAAUGUUAGCAAGACAUUCAUUGAAACUUCCGCGUGUUUCGAAAGUAUAUUCGGCUUACUGCACAGCCGUUGCGGAGGCAACGGUGGAAUCACAAUAUAAUCGCCCGACACUCGUUCCAACUGAUUACCGCACAGCCGAGACUAACACCGACAAGCAUUCUAAAGUGCAUGAAGCCAAGUUCUACACAAUUUCCCCUGAACAGAAGAAGCAAUUAUUCAGCGGUGGGGGACUGCCCCGACAAUUUGAACAACAAGUAAAGACUUUCACCGAAGCUUGUGUUAUGGUGCGUCCAACGGGCUUAGAACUAAUAAAUUACAUCCGGAACACUGAUUUCAAACGACCGGUCAUUCGUUAUGUUCUAUACGGUGAUAAUGGUGUUGGCAAGACACUAACCAUGGCUCAUGUACUGCAUUACGGUUUACAAAACGGUUUCUUACUUGUACACGUGCCUUGGGUGCCUAACUGGAUGAAACGUCCAAAGGAGACAGCAAAUGCAUCUUCGCAAGAAGGAUUCAUCGACUUGCCCUUCGAUGCAGCGGCUUGGUUGGUACAUUUCAAGACCCAAAACGCCGACCUACUUUCGAAAUUGCAAUUGAAGACCAGUAAAGAUUAUGUCUGGAGUAAACGAGAAGCAACACCAGCUGGUUCAACGCUAUUGGAAUUGGUGGAGCAUGGUAUUACACGCAUUAAGUUCGCAUCUGAGACAGUAUCUGCCUUAUUAUCCGAAUUAAAACAACACGCUAGCGAAGAGCAUUGUAAAGUAAUGGUGGCGAUUGACGGUUUUAAUGCGUUCUACCAUCCGGAGACUCGGAUUUUCGGCGAUAAUAAACAGCGUAUAACUCCAGAUCGCAUUACGCUGACUCAACCCUUCUUAGAUAUUACAAAUUAUAAUUGGACUAAUGGGGUGUGCAUAUUAACUGUAGAUAAAAUAGGCAUGACGGAAGGUUAUAUGGAGUCGUACAUGCCUCGCUAUCUACUUGGCAAGGAAGGAUUUGAACAUCUAGACCCAUUUGUACCGGUGCGUGUUGAAAAUUAUACGGACAAAGAGUUCGCAAGUUGUAUACAGUACUAUUUGGAUCGAAAUUGGAUACAGAAAACUGCGGAGGGCUUUGACGAACAACUCAAGUACCUAAGCAAUAAGAAUCCUUAUACAUUAAUGCAAUUAACACGUUCAUUGUAAAUGGAUGUAAUUCUUUUGAACAACCGAAAACCAAAUAUUGUUUAAAUACAUAAUAAUAUUACGAAGUAAUAAAACUGGCCAGGUGCUAUAAAUUCAAUUA